GUCCCUGGUCAACUGAUGCGUAACGGCACCCUGGUUUUCUCAAAGCUUCCAGACUCUGGAACCAAUAUAUUUCCAACUCGACUUCUGGCACAACACCUGCUUGAUUUCUACCACCAUACCAUACAUAGUCACAUCACGCACCUGCCCAGAUAUUCUGUUCUCUCGGGUUGUCGGCCUUGCCAGCAUGGCCUUGGAAUCAAAGGGCACCGUCCUGAUCACCGGUUGCAGCGAUGGCGGGGCUGGCUCCGCGCUGGCCAUCGAGUUCCAAUCUCGAGGCUACCGAGUCUUUGCGACGUCGCGCACGCUCACCACCAUGUCCAAGCUCGAGAGCUUGCCUAAUGUCAAGCUGCUUCAGCUCGACAUUACAAACUCCGCGGACAUUCGGGCCGCCGCCGACGCCGUGAGCAAGGAAACCGGCGGGACGCUGACCUACCUCGUCAACUGUGCUGCACAAAAUCACUUUAUGCCGCUUCUCGACCAGGACAUCGAGGCUGGCAAGGCAUUGUUCGAAACCAACGUCUGGGGCCAUCUCGCAGUUACUCAAGCUUUCGCCCCCCUGCUCAUCAAAGCUCGCGGGACGGUCGUCUUCAUCACAUCCUUGUCCGGAUAUCUCAACGUUCCUUACCAAGGGGUAUAUGCGGCGUCCAAGCGCUCCGCCGAGAUCAUCGCCGAGACAAUGCGCCUCGAGCUGGCACCAUUCCAUGUCAAGGUGCUUUCGGUGGUGACGGGGGCGAUCAAGACAAAGGGCCAGAGCCAUUUCGACGACUGGAAGCUGCCGGAGGCCUCGCUGUACCUGCCUAUCGAGGCGACCAUCCGGGACCGAGCCCGCGGCCAGGAAGGGGCGCCGAGGAUGGAAGCUGCCGACUACGCGAAGCGCGUGGUAUCGGAGAUCGUGAAAGGAAAGACGGGCAAGUUCUGGUACGGCGCCGUUGCGGGGCUGGCAAAGUUUAUGGUGUCGUAUCUUCCGUCGUGGGUGGUGGACAGUGCCGUGCAGAUCAGGACUGGUCUCGACGAACUGGCGCGACGGAGCAAGUAAAUAAAUGUUGGGGGUAGGAAGACGGGGCUACCCUCACCACCUGCGGUACAGCCUCUCCGACCAAAGCGGGCAAAGAAUGUUAUCUCGGAGCAUGCGGGGAGAAUAUCGACUUCCUAGUACUGCAGCCCUCGGCAUCGCGCCGGACUCUGCACGUCCACUGAGCGCAGAGCAGAGCUCGCCCCUUCCCCUCGGGAGUCCGUCAGUCAAGAUAUAGUACGUUCACUCAGUGGUAGAUGAAGAAAGCCUGUUAGCGAGCUCGACUGCCGUUUAUUCGCCCGGAACGCCCACCUACCCCUGCUUGGCACAACUUAACCAU